AUGGCGUCACCAGUGGCUUCGGCACUCCUCAAGUCCCGCAUUCGGCGGCCGUCUAUGCUCUCCAAGCUCUGCCGCGCAGAGGACAUGCUCAAGCACUUCCCCAACGGCGCGUACCUUGGCUGGUCUGGUUUCACUGGUGUCGGCUACCCCAAGAAAAUCCCCACCUUCCUCGCCGACCAUGUUGAGAAGAACAACCUGCAGGGCAAGAUGCGCUACGGCCUCUUCGUCGGCGCUUCCUCCGGCGCCGAGACGGAGAGCAGGUGGGCCUCGCUCGACAUGAUUGAGAGGCGGAGCCCUCACCAGGUCGGCAAGUCCAUUGCCAAGGGCAUCAACGAGGGUCGCAUCAACUUCUUUGACAAGCACUUGUCCAUGUUCCCUUCAGAUCUCGUCUAUGGCUUCUACACCAAGGACCGGAAAAACCAGAACCUCGAUGUUGUCAUUGUGGAGGCAACCGACAUUCUUGAGGAUGGCAGUAUUGUUCCGGGUGCCUCUGUUGGUGCCACGCCCGAGCUGAUGCAGAUCGCCGACAAGAUCAUCAUUGAGGUCAACACGGCCCUUCCCAGCUUCGAGGGUCUGCACGACAUUACCAUGACCGACCUGCCGCCCAACCGCAAGCCAUAUCUCAUCAUGGGUGUCGAGGACCGCAUUGGCCGGACCUCGAUCCCGCUUGACCCCGAGAAGGUUGUCGGCAUCGUCGAGUCGGAUUACCGGGACCAGACGCUGCCCAACACCGCCGCUGACGAAGGCUCGGCGACCAUUGCCAGCCAUCUGAUCGAGUUCUUUGACCACGAGGUCAAGCACGGCCGCCUGCCCAAGAACCUGCUGCCCCUGCAGUCCGGCAUUGGCAACAUUGCCAACGCCGUCAUUGGCGGCCUCGCCGACAGCAACUACCAGCACCUGAACGUCUGGACCGAGGUCAUCCAGGACACAUUCCUGGACCUCUUUGACUCUGGCAAGCUUGACUUUGCUACCGCGACCUCGAUCCGCUUCAGUCCCGAGGGCUUCGACCGGUUCUACAACAACUGGGACGCGUACUACCACAAGCUGCUCCUGCGGCCGCAGGCCGUCAGCAACGCGCCCGAGAUCAUCCGCCGCCUGGGCGUCAUCGGCAUGAACACGCCCGUCGAGGUGGACAUCUACGCGCACGCCAACAGCACAAACGUCAUGGGCAGCCGCAUGCUCAACGGCCUCGGCGGGUCGGCCGACUUCCUGCGCAACUCCAAGUACUCGAUCAUGCACACGCCCUCGACGCGGCCCACCAAGACCGACGAGCACGGCGUCUCGUGCAUCGUGCCCAUGUGCACGCACGUCGACCAGACCGAGCACGACCUCGACGUCGUGGUGACCGAGGUCGGCCUCGCCGACGUCCGCGGCCUGUCCCCCCGCGAGCGCGCCCGCGUCAUCAUCGACAAGUGCGCCCACGAGGUCUACCGCCCCAUCCUCAAGGAGUACCUCGAAAAGGCCGAGUUUGAGUGCUUGCGCAAGGGCAUGGGCCACCAGCCGCACCUGCUCUUCAACAGCUUCGACAUGCACAAGGCGCUCGUCGAGGAGGGCAGCAUGCGCAAGGUCAAGUGGUAG